AUGAACUAUUCACAGCUGCCCACCGACCCUAUGGACGCCUAUCCCCUAUACUCACCAGGCAGCGAGGCCUACCUCUCGCCAAACACCUCAGACUCAUACUUCGCCGAGUCCUACCCGAAAACCGCUGGCGGUUACUUUCCAGAGUGCUCAAUUGAUGGCGAAUUUUACGGUUAUCCUACCACGAAAUCGUUCGAUAUAGUCAGCCCCUGGGGCAGUCCAUCACCAGGGACUUUUGCCAGCACGAAUCCAUUGGUAGACGCCACACAAACACCAAACUGCCCCAACCUAAAUGCAUGGUCUGGUUUCAGCGGAAGCGCCCCAGCGUACAGCGAUGCCCCUUAUGGUGCUUACACCGCUGCGACCUCUCGUAGCAGCAGCUCAAACCCCUCCACCAGCAGCACUCCCGCAUCACCGGCUCUAUCACCUCGGAAAUCAAAGCACACACGUAUGUCGCCACCCUCGAACCACCAGACAGUUUUCAAUCAUACCCAUCUCGAGCCUCCUAAGCGCAAGCGAGGCCGUCCCCGUCUCCCCCCACCCACGGAAGCUCCGAUCAAUCCCUCCACCAGCCGGGUCAGUCGGUCGCAAUGCGUACCCCAUACCGAAGUCGAGCGCCGGUACAGAGAGAAGCUAAACACAGAGUUGGACCGGCUACGUCGAGCGGUUCCAUGCUUGCUUUCAAACGACGCGGCCAACACAGGGGGUGCUGCGAGAAUAAGCAAAAGCGUAGUGCUAGCCGUGGCGAUUGACUACAUCAAGGAGCUGGAGAAGCAGAGAGACAUGGCUGUCGAUGAGGUGAGGAGGCUGGGCGGAGACGUACCGUUUGGGGGGUAA